GCCAUCUGUGUGUUUAAUCUGCUUUUCUUUGUGAUCGGUUGUGAUUCGUGUGUUGUGAACGCUAUCGAAUAAAAAUGUCAGUUUUCUGUUCUGUGUUGAUUGAUUGUGUAGACAUUUAAUUGAAUUAUAGAAGGUAUUUCAUUCAAAGCCUUGUAUACAGCUAUGGGAAGCAAGAAACAUAAAAAACAUCAUAAAUCUGAGAAGAAGGAUAUAUCUUUCGAAGACCGUCAAGAGAAGCCUCUGAAGCUAGUCCUUAAGGUUGGUGGAAGUGUUCAGUCUCCUUUGCCUGCUGCAAAUUCUGGCACUUCUCAGAUACCUCGCAUUUCACAAGAAGUUAAACCAGUGUUUGAAGAAGCAAAAAUGGUUGAUAAGAGCUCUAGUCAUUCUCAUGAGAAACAUAAAAAGUCGAAAAAGAAAAAGAAGAAAAAAUCAACUGAAAAAGAUAAAGAACGUCACGAAAGAAAACGGAAGCAUCACCACCACCAUCACCAUCAUAGAGAACAUUCACAUGAUCGAAAGGAGAAACGUAGAAAAGACCAAGAUUCUAAUCGCUUGUUGAUGGAAGGUUAUGAUUCAAGAGAUUCUCUUCCUCUUCGUGCUACUUCUGAAGUACAUCCUCUUCCUCUUGAAAAGCCCACUCGUGAUGCUAGGACAUGUACUUUGAAGAGAAAAGCCCAGAAGACUCCUUUGCAGAUUCUUUUAUAUCAUCUUCUAAAAAAAUUGCAGCUGAAAGAUCCGCAAGAAUUUUUUGCAUGGCCUGUUACUGAUGUAAUUGCACCAGGAUAUUCCAGUAUUAUAAGCAAGCCAAUUGAUUUUAGCACAAUUAAUAAAAAAAUAGAUGAUCGUGAAUACAAAUCUGUGGCUGAAUUUAAAGCUGAUGUAAAAUUAAUGUGUGACAAUGCAAUGACAUACAACAGGCCAGAUACUGUAUAUUAUAAAUCUGCUAAAAGGAUGUGGCAUUAUGCACAAAAGCUGAUGAAUCGGGAUCAGCUGAUGUGCCUUAAACGUACUUUCCCAUAUAUGUUAGAUUUAAGUGUUGAUGAACUAGGUUUCGAUAUUAAUGAUGAAAGCGAAGAGUCAUUACCUGGCACUGAAAUAACUGCUGAACCAGGUGCUAUGGCUCAGCCAGAAGCAAAGAAGUCAAAAGUUGCUCCAUGUUGGAAUACUGUAGAGGCAGAUGAUGAUGAUGAUGAAAUGAGCCCUGAAGAAAUUCUACAACAAGCACAACGAGCUGCAAAAGCUGCAGCUAAUCGUUUGACACUCAAAAGACCAAACAGUAAGUUUGGAUUUUUACGGCAGAAUGAAAAUGGAACCACCACAUUGGCCAUUAUACAUCCAAAAUCUGGUGACAGAGAAAUGAAAGUAAACUUAGAGAUGCUUACAGGGAAAGUAAGUCAAGGCACUGGCACCAUUGUUGGUUUUAAAGAGGAUUCGAAAAAUAUUAUUAAACCUGUUCAUUAUACUUCCUAUGGAUCAUAUAGCUCUUAUGCACCUCAUUAUGAUUCAACUUUUUCAAAUUUAAGUAAAGAAGAAUCAGAUCUUGUUCUUUCUACUUAUGGGGAUGAUCUGGGAUUACAAUAUGCUGACAGUCUUACAAGUUUUGCCAAAGAUAAUGAUUAUGUGUUACAUAUGGUGGAUAAUAUUUUGGAUUCGCUAACUGGGGGUGAACAUUCCAAAACAGUUAAGAUAUUGGAAGAGAAAAGGAAAGUGAGGGAAGAAGAGGCACAAGCUAGAAAAGUCUUAAAGCCUUUAAAUGAAAAUGAAAUGGCAAAGACUUCACCAUUAUCUGCCCCAGUUACUGCUGAUAUUGAAUCUUUACAAACUUUAGAAGAUAUUGAUUUAGAACUGUCUCGCCUUGAGCAUGUUGAUAAUGAGAAUAAGAAGUUAGAAAAUGGUGAAAAGAAUCGUAGUGAUCUGCUUCAUUUAAAACAUAAGCAGUUAUUGAGUCAGAGAAGGGCUAUUCAACAGAAACUAGACAAUACUACUCAGUUGUUGCAAGAUUUGAGAAAAGUUCAAAAUGAGAGGCUGAGUUCCAAUCCUCCACCCCACUUGGCUCUCAUUCGACCACCAUCUACUCUUGAAAAUGAUCUGGCUGAUAAAGUAACGAAAAAAUUAAUUGAUGUAUCUUCUCAGCUUCCACCAGAAAAUAUAGUUAGUGUUGAAGGACUUAGAAAAGCCAUGGGAAUAACCUAUUGCCCUACAUCUGGACACAACACUGCAGGUAAUACAAAAGGCUCGAAGAAAAGUGAUUUGACUGGACGAAAUAUAGAGAAUGAUAGGACAGUUAAUGAUAGCUCAUUGCGUGAUGAAACAGUGCUUGAUCAUAGUUCUCCUCCAGAUGUCUCUGCAGAUGACAGGCUUCGGAAUCAGGACUUAGAUACAGAACUACGAGAAUUUCUUGAAACAGGUCCAGUCCUGCGAGUUUGUGAUUCUCCCACUGGAUCAUGAGUAUUUUUCAUUGUCUCAAAGAAGAUGAAAAUUUUCAUUAUCAUAUUUAUAUUUAUUUUCCCAAAUCUUUGUGAAUAUGUCAUUUUGUAUGGAACAGGCUUGUUUUAGUAUCCUGUAGUGAUUAAAAUGUACUUUUAUAAAUAAAGCAUUUUAUAUCAACAA